UGAACGUAAUCGUGCAUGUGAAAGGCUAGGCCUACACCUCUGCUUACAGGCAUGCUUACACCUUGAUGUUGUAGUCAGGAUUAUCUCUGGCUUGUCCAGAAAUAUCAAAUUGCUGCAAUCUUACGAAACGUGGUCCGCAGCGAAAUUACAUUAGAGACAUGACAUGAUUUCACAGACAACUGCACUGGCAACAGUUGAAGGAGGUUAUGCAGUGAGGGCGACGUUGUUUGUUGACAUCCGGAUUGUGUGAAUUUCUGGAAAUAUGUCCAAGAAAAGGGGCAGAAAGCGUAGUAGCGGCGAGCUGAGUGAGAGUUCGGGUUUGUCUCUGUCGUCGACCCCAGACCCUAACAACCUGCUGGGCCUGCGGAUUGAGCACAAUUGGAGGGAGAAGGGCAACCUGACCAAGUGGAAAGGCACAGUGCUGGAGCGCCUCACCGUCAACACUUCCCUGUACAUGGUCAAAUACGACGGCUUCGACUGCGUCUAUGGCAUCGAGCUGUUCAAAGACGAGCGGGUGUCCAACCUGCAGGUUUUAACAGAGAAAGUCGUAAACAACAAGAUCAAGGUGCCCCACGAUGCGCCAGAGCUGGUUGGCAAGGCUGUGGAGCACCUGUUUGAGAAGGAGGACGGUGAGAAGAAUGAGUGGAGGGGCAUGGUCCUGUCUCGCGCCCCCAUCAUGACCAACUGGUACUACAUCACCUAUGAGAAGGACCCUGUGCUCUACAUGUACCAGCUGUGGGACGACUAUAAGGACGGAGACCUCCGCAUCCUCCCUGAAGCUGAGAACAAACACCUGCUGCCUGCGGACAGGAAGCCAGGCGAGGAGACAGAGAGCCUUGUGGGUAAGCAGGUGGAGUACGUCACUGAUAAGGGCGUGAAGAGGACUGGGCUGGUUAUCUACCAGGUUCCCGCCAAGCCCUCCGUCUACUACAUCAAAUACGACGACGACUUCCACAUCCACGUUUAUGACCUUGUCAAAACCACCUAGAAUCCAUCUCGACCCGGUCAAAACCACCUAGAAUCCAUCUCGACCCGGUCAAAACCACCUAGAAUCCAACUAGACCUUGUCAAAACCACCUAGAAUACAACUAGACCUUGUCAAAACCACCUAGAAUACAACUAGACCUUGUCAAAACCACCUAGAAUACAAAUUCGACCCGGUCAAAACCACCUAGAAUACAAAUUCGACCCGGUCAAAACCACCUAGAAUAUAAAUUCGAACCCGGUCAAAAACCACCUAGAAUAUAAAUUCGGACACGGUCAAAAACCACCUAGAAUAUAAAUUCGGACACGGUCAAAAACCACCUAGAAUAUAAAUUCGGACACGGUCAAAAACCACCUAGAAUAUAAAUUCGGACCCGGUCAAAAACCACCUAGAAUAUAAAUUCGGACCCGGUCAAAAACUACCUAGAAUAUAAAUUAGGACCCGGUCAAAACCACCUAGAAUAUAAAUUAGGACCCGGUCAAAACCACCUAGAAUAUAAAUUAGGACCCGGUCAAAACCACCUAGAAUAUAAAUUAGGACCCGGUCAAAACCACCUAGAAUAUAAAUUAGGACCCGGUCAAAACCACCUAGAAUAUAAAUUAGGACCCGGUCAAAACCACCUAGAAUAUAAAUUCAGACCCGGUCAAAACCACCUAGAAUAUAAAUUCAGACCCGGUCAAAAACCACCUAGAAUAUAAAUUAGGACCCGGUCAAAACCACCUAGAAUAUAAAUUCAGACCCGGUCAAAAACCACCUAGAAUAUAAAUUCAGACCCGGUCAAAAACCACCUAGAAUAUAAAUUCAGACCCGGUCAAAAACCACCUAGAAUAUAAAUUCAGACCCGGUCAAAAACCACCUAGAAUAUAAAUUCAGACCCGGUCAAAAACCACCUAGAAUAUAAAUUCAGACCCGGUCAAAAACCACCUAGAAUAUAAAUUCAGACCCGGUCAAAAACCACCUAGAAUAUAAAUUCGAGCCCGGUCAAAAACCACCUAGAAUAUAAAUUCGAGCCCGGUCAAAAACCACCUAGAAUAUAAAUUCGAGCCCGGUCAAAAACCACCUAGAAUAUAAAUUCGAGCCCGGUCAAAAACCACCUAGAAUAUAAAUUCGAGCCCGGUCAAAAACCACCUAGAAUAUAAAUUCGAGCCCGGUCAAAAACCACCUAGAAUAUAAAUUCGAGCCCGGUCAAAAACCACCUAGAAUAUAAAUUCGAGCCCGGUCAAAAACCACCUAGAAUAUAAAUUCGAGCCCGGUCAAAACCACCUAGAAUAUAAAUUCGGACCCGGUGAAAACCACCUAGAAUAUAAAUUCGAGCCCGGUCAAAACCACCUAGAAAGGACUUUCUAGUCCCCCCGCCUCAGACCCUCACACCUGUACACACACCUUGAGGUCGACUCCCAUUUCAACUCAGUCAAUUCAGGAAGUGAGUUCAAAAUUCAGUAUUUACCAAAUCGAAAUAUUGGGAAGCUUAAUUCAUCAAUGGAAUUUGAAUACCUCUCCUGAAUUGACUGGAUUGAAAUGAAACUCUGCAAACCUGACACUUACUGUCAUUAUUGUGGACAUGUUCCCUGCCUUGUGUCUCAUCUAAUGGGAGAAGGACUACCAAGGUCAGAAGUUUGCUAAAAGUGUGAAAUCUGUGACUUAGAUCGACUAGGCUUUUGUAAACAGUUCAAAGCUUACAUCUAUUUAUUUUUCAUUUAAAGUAACUGUCAAACUUUUCCAGAUUUCUAUGAAAUAUGACAAGUAAUUACUUACAAUAUGAGUAAAAUAGUUUUCCUUCCAAAAAAAAGUAAUUAUGUUAAAAAGUAGCUUUUCUGUAUUUGAAUGGUGGGUGCGUACCCCAACAACAUAAUGGUGUGGGUGUAUACUGGUCAUCACAAAUUUUAAUGUGAGUAGGCCGCUGAUUGGCCAGCUCAUCCUCCUCAGGAGUAUGACAUUAUACUCUGUAAGGAAAUAGCAAGCAGUUUUUAAACUAUCUGUUUUAGAUACAAGUUUGAGGUGGGGUUUUUGAAGUGUUUAUUUUUCUCCAAUUUAUGCUUUGGCCACAUGAGUAUAGGAUGAGUCAACAACAUUAUUUGGCUUAACAGAAUAUUAACUUUUUUUAAAGUUACAUUUUCACUCGACAGUUACUUUAAGAAACAAGAGAUGAAGCAGCAAUGUUUGAUUUUUCUUAUCUCUAUGUGCAACUUAUUUUAAAACAUAUUUAGCUAUGAUUUUUAUUUAUAUAUUCUGAAAUAAAACAUGGAUACAAACUUUGUACCAGGGCAAAAGCUUUGAUACAAUGUAUUCCCAACUGAUGGUUGAUGACUUGGUUACUAUGGACAAUAGAAUUAGUGUUUUGUUUGGCUAAGGAAGUAGAUGUUAUCAGUGAAAAUGACCUAUGUUAAUGUUCAAAUGUGUUGCUUGAAUAGUGCAAGAAAAAAAUGUUAUUUAAUAGAAAUUAUUAACAAUUGCCAAGAUUUGCCUGCUCAUGUUUCAGAACCACCCACACCAGCUAAGCUCACAUUUUAAUUUGAGAGGAAUUGUUUGACUUAGCUACUAGUUUCAUAAGUUCAGAAAGUCAUGUUUAAGACAUUUUGGAUUACAAUCAACCCUUAGUCAUGGUUGAAUAAUCUAAUAUUUCUGUCAUGUUGUUAGACCGUCAUAAUCGUAACUGUACUUACUUUUUGUAAAUACGUGUAAUGUGUGACGCAUUUUAAAAAAUACUGCAAAGAUGCUUUGGUAUUAUUUGCUCUUCCUGUUUGAUGUUGAAUAAUGCUUUAUUUCGCGAUUGCAGCCAUUGUUGGUUCAUUAUUGUUCCACCACUAGUGGCCAGGUUUACUUAGCAUUUAAACCUUUUUUUCAGUAAGGAAUUAAACAUAAAAGGUAAUAAAACCGUUACAUGUUUCUA